CGACAGCCGCCGGAAAUCCGCGCCUUAUGUAUGGAAAGCUAAUCAAUCGGUCGACAUUCGCUCUUACGAUUCACCUGCUGGACUAUAGAUAGCCCGAGCCCAGCGAUACAAUGGCGACCGCGUCUCCUACCCCCAUGGGCUCGUCCAAUGGCUUCGGACGAAUGUACUCUCAGUCCACAAUUCGGCCGAUGCGGCGACGAGAUUCACCGCUGUCUGUGUUGGGACAGUCUCAUGGUUUUUCGGCAGAUGCGCCGAUGAUGCAAAACAUCAACAUUGGCGACAGUUCCGACGACGAGAUACCGCAGCCCAUGAAGCUCAGUGCCUUGACAACCGCACUGCUCGCGCAAAACGAAGUAGAUUCGCCGGAGAAGGCAGCAGGAAGGAAGCCGAAACUACGGAUAUCACGCACAGGGUCUGGAUCGAACACGCCUGUACAGGAUACAGUCACCCCCGCCCCUAGUCUCCGCAUAAAAAGGGUUCCACUUCGGGGGGCACCAAUGAGGAGGCUACGGAGGACACCUCAAAGCGAGGAGGAGCACCCUCCUUCACAGGACCAGGAAAAUCUCCCUAUUUCGGUGAUGGGGGUCGACACCAUGAAGCCGACGGAUUCUGUAAUGAAAGUUGCCGAAAACAACGAGCCCCGUCAACCGCUCCAACCACGAUCGCCUGUCCAUAUCUCAAGACAGGACAGACCGAUGCCACUGCAGCCCAUUAGCGCAAACACUCCGCAUCGACCAGCCCCACCACCUCCGCCGAAAAUGUCAGUACUAGAGACAGCUACUGCCGCCGCAGGUGCUGCAACUACGAAGACACGGGAGAGGAAGAAGAGGAGUCAGCUCGCUGUCAAUGGAAAGCAUUAUUCGCAGAUGGACCGAAUUGGAAGAGGGGGAAGUUCUGCCGUAUAUCGGGUUAUGGCGGAGAAUUUUAGGUUAUUUGCGCUAAAAAGAGUGAAGCUCGAGGAUGCGGACGAGUCUGCUGUACGAGGAUACAAGGGCGAGAUUGAUCUACUACAGAAGCUAAACGAUGUGGAAAGAGUGGUCCGGCUCUACGACUGGGAAGUAGACGAAUCGCGGCAGAUACUAAGUGUGCUAAUGGAGCUGGGUGAAUCCGAUCUCGCUCGGAUAAUACGUAUGAAGCUAGACCCAGCCGAGGCGAGAUUAGACCUCAGUUUUACGCGCUACUACUGGAAGGAAAUGCUCGAAUGUGUUCAGGCCGUCCAUGACCAUGAUAUCGUCCAUUCAGAUCUCAAACCUGCCAAUUUCCUCCUCGUGCAAGGCCGCCUAAAACUCAUCGACUUUGGUAUCGCCAACGCAAUCGACAUAGACAACACUGUAAAUGUUCAUCGAGACUCUCACGUCGGCACUCCGAAUUACAUGUCUCCUGAAAGUCUAGAAGACACGAAUGCGGAUAUGCGAGGGCAGCUUGGAGCAGGCAAUGUAGCCAAGAUGAUGAAACUCGGAAAACCAAGUGAUGUAUGGAGUCUUGGUUGUAUUCUCUAUCAGAUGGUGUACGGUCGACCACCUUUUGCACACAUUCCGAACCAAAUUCACCGCGUAAUGGCCAUAGUAAACCCCCGUCUUCCCAUCCAAUAUCCAGACGAGGGGGUAGGAGGCGUGAGGAUCCCCCCAGGCCUGAAAGCCACACUCCGACGCUGCCUGCAACGAGAGCCCUGGAAACGUCCCACAAUCCCGCAACUACUAGACGAACGUGACCCCUUCCUCUACCCCGAUGGUGGUGAGGAUCUCCGCAUCCCACAAGAUUUGCUCGGCCAGAUCAUCCAAAGAGUUGCAGAUCGCUUCCGUGAUCCGAGCAAAAACGCUCCGACGGAUGAAGAGAUAAAGCAAUACCCAGCGUCAUUCUAUGCCAAAAUUCGAGAUCUCAUAGAAAGUGGCUGAUGGUGCUGCCUACACAUUGCACCUGGUGGCAUUUACAACAAUUCGGUGUUUCUUUUUCUAUCCCUAGCAAAAACCUCGUUCUCGCACACGCAACCUAUUUUAAUGAUGUUGACGUACUACUACUAGAUGGAGGUCUUAGUUAUUCCCUCGAUCACACGGUCAUACUUUUCGAGCGUUCAGCAUUGCACAUAUCUAGCGGGGCGCCCGGUACUUGCUUUCUUCGGAUUUCCUCUUUGCCCACCCCUUCUUUUGAAAGGUGCGGUACCGUUGUCUCUCGCUCAGUUUCUGCCUUCGGCUCGGCCGCAUACGAGAGGAGUAGCUGUUGUGAUUCUUUUGGAUGAAAGUCUAUCCGGC